AUGACCCAGCAAGAGAUCCGCGCACGCCAACUCGAGGCAGUAAAACGUUGGCAGACAGGUGGCUCUCAGAACGUAAAGAGCAGCGGUGUUCAGAAUAUCACAUUCACGAACCCAAAAGCCUCAGAAUUUUAUGUCGAUGGCAAAUCCCUUCCGCUUGUUGACUUCGACGUUGGUCCUAGCUGGGCAGGUCUACUACCCAUCAGCAACAGUCCUAAUGAAACGCGUAAGCUCUUUUUUUGGUUUUUCCCUCCCGGUCCCCAAGGGAGUCUUGAUGAUUUGAUCUUUUGGACUAAUGGUGGCCCUGGCUGCUCCUCUCUCGCUGGUUUGCUGCAAGAGAAUGGGCCUCUCAGUUGGUCCUGGGGUCAGGCCAAGCCGACGGUGAAUCGAUGGAGCUGGACCAACCUCUCCUCCGUCCUUUGGGUGGAGCAACCAAUUGGAACGGGAUUUUCUCAAGGCGUCCCAGACGCACGGAACGAGGAAGAUGUUUCUGCUCAACUCGUCGGCUUCAUGCAGCAGUUCCUUGAGGUCUUUUCGGAACUCAAAGGCAAAAAGCUGUAUUUAGCGGGCGAAAGUUACGCCGGAAUGUACGUGCCUUAUAUCGCAAACUAUAUCUACGAGGACCCGACUCAGUUAGACCUCUCUUUGCAAGGGAUAUGGAUCAAUGAUCCCGUAAUCUCGUGGUUCGUGGUGCACCAGGAAAUACCUGCAGUAGACUUCGUGAAAAAACACGCUAGCAUCUUCUCAUUUGAGCAGACGUUCAUGAACCGCCUCGAGGAGACGGCCGCGACGUGCAAUUAUACUGGCUACAUGGAUAAGUACGUCACAUACCCUCCAAAAGGUCUCCUUCCCCUGCCAGGAGACUCUACCGAUCCUGCCAAAGGCUGCGAUGUCUGGAACGAUAUUUUGGGUCAUGCAAUGAUGAUAAACCCUGCUUUCAAUGUGUAUCGUAUCUGGGACACUUAUCCACUUCCAUGGGAUGUCCUAGGUUUUCUAGACACCCAGUCUCAGGUCUACUUUAACCUAACAGACGUGAAGGAAGCUAUCCACGCGCCUGUGAACACGGAAUGGUUUAUAUGCGGCGAUUCUGUCUUCCAAAGCGAUGACGACAGCAGCUUGCCCCCUGCAUUCACUGUAUUACCGAGUGUUAUCGAGAAAAGCAAGCGGACCGUCAUCGUGCACGGUCUCGCAGACUUCAAUCUCAUUGCUGAUGGAACCAGAAUUACCAUUCAAAACAUGACUUGGAAUGGUUUGCAAGGAUUCCAGACGCCUAUCGCCAAUGACAGCUUCAUUGUGGAUGGCGUGGGUGCGUACGGGUCGAUGCACUCGGAGCGGGGACUCACUUAUUACGAGGUAGCUUUAGCUGGACAUAUGGUUCCUGAGUUUGCGCCAGGACCGUCCUUCCAGAUUAUGCAGUAUCUGAUGGGGUUUAGAGACACUCCUUAGAUAAAUACUUGCUUCCCGUAUUGCCUUGUCACCAAUGCUCAAGUGCUCACACUCGUUCUUGUACCGCCUUGGUGUCACGAUGUCUCACACAUUUCAAUAGCACAGUUUUUUCUAUUUCUCUAUUUAAAUAAUAUCUGCGACAGGGACACAAUUGUAUUAGAGAUCGAAUAGGUUCGGACUAGAGACGGGGAAGGAAGGACUCAGUCUUAGUUAGAAAGACUGAGGGCAAAACUAUCGAGCGAAGGGACUAUCAAGGCGAGUUGAGACGGAGAACGAAAGGAAAACGUGUAUAGAUAAGUGAUAGUGUAUGUAAAAUAGAAACAUACAAACGACGUAUCGUGACACUCCCACUCAAACACAUGUCACUUAAUACAU